UUGUCCCCAUCCAAUAUCCACCCGCGCGUUUGCACCACGCUCCAUUUCCUUUCUCAUUCAAACCCAAAAGCCCACCUCCAGACCCCCCCGUAUGCGCAUUGCGCACUGCUUCCGUUCUUCUCUCUUCUCCUCCAUCAUAUCUUUUACUCGACCUCGCCUUCACCCUUCUCCUAAACCUUUGGCUUUGGCUUGUUUUUCUUCUUCUUCGAUGGCGGAUUCUAACAACCUCUCAAGUGUCUCUGCUGAAGAUGAGGCGCAGUUCGGCUUCACGCGCGAGGAGAUGUACUCCAGUAAUCUUGCUGGCACCGUCAAUCCCUACGACCGUCACGUGUUCCUUCGCCAUAAGUCGUAUACCGAUUGGGUCUCCCGCGUCGAAGAAGAUCUCCUCCCUAAGCUUCUCUCCUCCGCUCUUAAGUCUCGCAAAAGCGACAUCCCUGACAAGACAUUGUUUACGGUUAUUGAGGGAGAGGGAUCUGAUGGAGAUGUGUUGAUUUUCCCUGACAUGAUCAAAUACAAGGGUUUGACGGACUCUGAUGUGGAUGGCUUUGUCGAGGAUGUGCUUGUGAGUGGCAAACCAUGGGCUUCUGGAGUGCAGGAGACCUUAAACGGUUCAUAUGUCUUCGUGUGUGCUCAUGGUAAUCGUGACAAGAGAUGUGGUGUUUGUGGACCAGUUCUAAUCAAAAAGCUCAACAAGGAGAUUGAGUUGCGAGGACUGAAUGAUCAGGUGUUUGUAAGUGCUUGCUCUCACAUUGGAGGACAUAAGUACGCUGGGAACUUGAUUAUCUUCAGCCCAGAUUCCGAGGGAAAGAUUACGGGCCACUGGUAUGGCUAUGUUACUCCUGAUGAUGUGCCUGAAUUGCUGGAUCAGCACAUUGCAAAGGGAGAAAUAAUAGAACGCCUUUGGAGGGGUCAAUUGGGAGCUUCUACUGAAGGGGGUGAUAAAGCGGAUGAACAGAAGCUUCCAAAUAGGACAAAUGUGGAGAAAAAUGAGAAGCAUGAAGAAUCUGUUGCUCAGCAGACCAAGGAAAACGUUGGUGGUUGUUGUCAGGGUGCUAAUGGGUUCACCUGUUGCAUGAAUGCUAGCUCUGAAGUAAGUGAAAGAAAGAAAAGUGAAGAAACAAGAGAGGAGCAUGGAAAGACUGGGGUGUGCAGAUUGACAAGCUGGGUAGAAUCAUGGGAGCAACGUGAUGUUCUUACAGCAGCAGCUGUGGUUGGAGCUGUGGCAACCGUUGCUGUGGCUUAUAGCUAUUAUAGAAGGUCGGGCUAAACUAAGCCCUGUAAUCCAAUGUUGUACUGUGUGCUUGUGGGUUGUAUACCCCGGUUUUUUUGGUCGUAGAGGCAAUAGUGAUGAUAAAAUAAUCCUCCACUUCGCUAGGUGAUUGAUACAAAUAGUCACUUUUACAAUAUGGGGAUGAAAUACCAAAUUUUUUAGCCAUAUUUAAGGAUGAAAUAUUACUGCAUUGAUUUCUUUGGUUAUUAAGAUGUUGUUUCACUAGAUGUAAAGACUUUUUGAAUGCUUCAUCCUUAUACAUGAAGAGCAAUAAUUUAUGAUUUACA